AUGAUACCUUCCAUUCUUUGCCUCUUAGGAAACAUAUGGCUAUUUUCUUUAGCUGUACUUGCUGCCACCGACUUUUCCAUCAGUGCCGGACUAUCGACUUGGAAUCAAAGUGAUUGGUCCUUGACUACCACUACAUUCAUUCCAGGUCAUUAUCAAUCGCGAUUGUCACUUGCAAACGGGUACACUGGUGCUUCUCUUGCAGCAGCAGGUCCAUUCUUUGAGAAAGAUGUGAAUCAAACAGAUCCAAAUGGUACAUCGCCUUCCAAUGGAUGGCCAUUGUUCAGUGAUAGAAUUUCGUUUGCCACUAUUUCUGGAUUUUACGAUGUAGAAUCUCCGCAAAUUCCUCCUCAAGAUAUCACUGGAUUUGUUAUCUCCGGUGUCAACUUCUCAAAUAGCUACACAAAUACUUCGUCGAGAACCAAUGCUAGUGGAGCCUACAUAAGCUCUACAGAUGAUAUAACCAUCGGUCAAACUUUCGACAUCAACUUGAAAGCUGGAGAAACUGCGACCUUUUAUAAAUAUGUUGGAAUUGCCUCAACAGAUAAAUUCUCCAAUCCUGAGAGCGUAGCUCGAGAAACUCAAAGGUCGGCACAAGAGUCCGGAUGGGAUUCCCUUUUAGCGGAACAUGUUGCAGCUUGGGCCAAAAUUUUGACUCCAGAUUCCGUGGAUGACUUUACGGAUCCAGUCACCGGGGAAUUACCAGAGGAUCCAAAUGUCCAAGCGCUUCAUAUUGCUUCAGCUGCAAAUACCUACUAUCUUCUUCAGAAUCUGCAACCCGAAGGCAGUGGGUUGAAUGACAACAGUAUUUCAGUUGGUGGACUAUAUUCUGAUUCAUAUGCUGGGUUAGUUUUCUGGGAUGCUGAUUAUUGGAUGGCACCUGGUCUCAAUCUGGCGUUUCCAGAGUGGAGCAAGCAAAUUAGCAAUUUCCGCGUCAAGCAGCAUAAUCAAUCAUUAGCGAAUGCAGCAUUCAACAAUUAUCCAAAUGGAAGCUCCCUUUACUCCUGGACUAGUGGGAGAUAUGGAAACUGUACCGGCACGGGUCCUUGUGUAGAUUACCAAUAUCAUCUCAACUAUGAUAUUUCAUUCAACUUGAUACAGGAAUACAACAUCACAAACAACAAGACUUGGUUCAAUAAUGGACCUAGACAGAUUAUAGAGAGUACAGCCAUUAUGACAGGGCAUUUACUAGAAUUUAACGAAACUACACAAACAUACUGGGUUCACAAUAUGACAGAUCCAGAUGAGUAUGCCAAUAACAUAGACAAUGGAGCAUUUACGAUGGCCUCCGCUGCAACUUUAUUGGAAUUAGUAAACAGUUUGAGAAUUUUUGAUGGUUUGGAAGUCAAUUCAACGUGGCAACAGCAGCAACAGAAUAUCGAAUUCCCAUCUGCAGCUUCUAAUAUCACGCUGGAAUAUCAAACAAUGAACAACAGUGCUGCGGUAAAGCAAGCUGAUGUCGUUUUGUUAAAUUAUCCCUUGGAUUUCAAUCAGAAUUAUACGGAGGCGGAUAAACUUCUGGAUUUAGAUUAUUAUGCAAAUAGACAAUCACCUGAUGGACCCGCCAUGACUUAUUCUAUUUUCGCUGUUGGCGCAAACGCUUUGUCUCCAUCCGGAUGUUCCGCAUAUACUUACACUCUAAAUGGUUUCCUUCCAUACCUCCGAGGACCAUGGUAUCAAUUUUCUGAGCAAGUCAUCGAUAAUGUUACACUUAACGGAGGCACAAAUCCAGCAUUCCCAUUCUUGACUGGUCAUGGAGGAGCUGACCAAAUUGUACCAUUCGGCUAUCUGGGCAUUCGAACAGAUCAACCAACUCUAUUUCUCAACCCUUCACUUCCCCCUCAAAUUUCCCACAUCAAGGUUCGCACUUUCCACUACGCAGGGGCAACUCUUUCAGCAACCAUGAAUACCACACAUACAAACGUUACCCGUUUCCCCUCCACAACCCUGGAAGAUCUCUACCAAAACACCACUCUCCCUUUCGUAGUCGGUAAUCCAGGUCCCAACAACUCAAACACAACAUCCUACAAGAUCGCCAUAAACCAAAUGCUAACCAUUCCAAACCGUCUCUACUUCCAAAACUUAACGAUUCCCAACAAUCUCCUUCAAUGUUUGCCCGUAACAUCCAAUGAUACAUUUUCAGCUGGUCAAUUCCCUGUCGCAGCUAUUGACGGCGCAUCAUCUACCUCUUGGCAACCCUCUACAAACGAAUCUUCCUCCCUCCUCAUAAACACCACUUCUAUGCCUCCAUCUCCCAUUCGAAACAUUUAUUUCAACUGGGGCCUUCGACCACCUCUCCGCGCCUCGAUAAUCUUCGGCAACGAUACCACAGGCGAAGGACAAAUAUAUGGCAAUGAAUGGACCAUCGAUAUUGAAGAUAUCUCCCCCAGUUUGCCAUAUACUACUAGUGAGAGUAAUGGUAAUGCGACACAAAACCAAGCUGCAAACACGGAAAAUGUAGUGCCGGUUGUAGGAAAUGAAACAACAUUGGUGGUUGAGGGUGGGGCGUGGAGUGGAAAUUUUGUUAGGUUAGUUGUGGAGGGAUGUUGGGAGGAUGAUGGGGUGGGUGCAACGGUGGGGGAGUUUGUGGUUAUUGGUGAUAGGGGGGUGAAUAUGUCGAGGAAGAUGUAUGUAGGGAUGAAUAGCUUUGAAGUUGAGGAGAUUUUGGUUGUAGUGUAA